AUGAGCAAGCGACAGAAGAGACAGCUCAUUGAAGACACUUCGGCCUUCCUCUCUGCCGGCCUCGGUGUACUCACCCCCUCAGAAACCUGCACCCUGUCUGUGGCCAGCUCUAGCUGGGACCCCCGGCUGGGCCCGCCCUUCCCGCCAGGCCCUUGCACCGGCUCCCCCGGGGCCCCAGCCACAGCCGAGCCCACGGGCCAGGGCCCCAAGAACCCUCGCGUGUCCAACGUGACGGUGCAGCUAGAGAUGAAGGCCCUGUGGGAGGAGUUCCACCAGCUGGGCACAGAGAUGAUUGUCACCAAGGCGGGCAGGAGGAUGUUCCCCACCUUCCAAGUGAAGAUCCUGGGCAUGGACACGCUGGCGGACUACGCCCUGCUCAUGGACUUUGUCCCCCUGGAUGACAAGAGAUACAGGUAUGCCUUCCACAGCUCAGCCUGGCUCGUGGCUGGCAAGGCAGACCCGGCCACACCGGGCCGCGUGCACUUCCACCCCGACUCGCCGGCCAAGGGCGCACAGUGGAUGCGCCAGAUUGUGUCCUUUGACAAGCUCAAGUUGACCAACAACCUGCUGGACGACAAUGGCCACAUCAUCCUCAACUCCAUGCACCGAUACCAGCCCCGCUUCCACGUGGUCUUUGUGGACCCACGCAAGGACAGCGAGCGCUACGCCCAGGAGAACUUCAAGUCCUUCGUCUUCACGGAGACCCAGUUCACGGCCGUGACGGCGUACCAGAACCACCGGAUCACCCAGCUGAAAAUCGCCAGCAAUCCUUUUGCCAAGGGCUUUAGAGAGAGUGACCCAGACUCCUGGCCUGUGUCCCCACGACCCCUGCUCAGCGUCCCGGCCCGGAGUCAAAGCAGCCUCAGUCCCUACCCGCCGAAGGGCCCCACAGAGCAGGAGAAAGACCCCAACAUAGCUCCAGCCUCCACCUCAAGGACCCCUGCCCGGCUCCACCAUCAGCUGCUGGCCCCUCCCGAGACCCUUCUGGCCCCAGGCACCUACCGGCCCCUCAACUACCAAAGCCUGUACCCUGGGGCCCCAAGGCCCCUUGGGGUCCCAAGGGCCCGAUCAGCACCGUACCCCCUCCCCAACAUCCGGGCUGACAGGGAUCAAGGGGGCCUGCCCCUCGCAGGAGGGCUGGGGCUCCUGUCCCCCACCGCUGUGUGCCUAGGACCUGGCAAGGACCCACAGUGA